AUGGCCGACGCCGAAAUGGAAGAUGCGCCUGCCUCUCCCUCGCAACAGGCCGAGGUCGAGGAUGGGAAGAACAAGAGUACAUCGGGCUACAGCGACACCAAGACGGCACAAAACGCAGUUGCGGUGCGCAGUAUCGAGGGGUGGAUCAUCAUCGUCACCAACGUGCACGAAGAGGCGUCCGAAGAAGACAUUCAGGAUCUCUUCGGGGAAUACGGCGAGAUCAAGAACCUCCAUUUGAAUUUGGAUCGGCGGACGGGUUACGUCAAGGGAUAUGUGCUGAUCGAGUAUCCAACCUUGUCCGAAGCCAAGGCUGCCAUCGAGGGCGCGAACGGGGAGAAGUUGUUGGAACAAACGAUUGGGGUGGACUUUGCCUUUGUGCGGCCUCCGCCCUCCAAGGGACAAGCGGGCCCUAAGAGCGGACGUAAAGGCGGUCGUCAGCGGAGUCGUAGCCCGGGCGAGAGGCGUGGACGCGACGACGAGGAUGACAAGGAGCGAGACUAA